AUGGUUCGUCCAAGGCCUGUCGUCCAAGACCUUCUUGCCGACCUUCCAACUGAUGCCGAAGCUGCACCAACGCAAUCAAUGCUCCCACCCAAACCAAAGAGAGUAAAAAAGGCUCAGCCUAAGGCCAAGGCUACAGAUGCCGAGGCUGAGGAUACUGUGCCUAUUUCAAAGCUGGCAGAAAGCAAGAAAUCAGCCUCUGUCUCCACCAAGAGGCCCAUUAUGGCUAGUGAGAGUGCUGACGACAUUAAUGUUGCUGUCGCUCUUAGCACUGCUCUCCUUCUACCGAAUGAUUUGGAGCGAAAUGCCAAGCUUAGUGAGUACGAAAAUUAUGCUCUUAUGCUCCAACACUCUGCUCAAGCUAUUCAACACGCCCAUUCAUUUUCAAUGCAAUCCUUUGAGAAUCGUCAAAUAUUGGCCGAGGCUGCAACGAAGAACCAAACCUUAGCUCUUGAAAAGGCCGAGGCUGCUGAAGCCGUUAAAAAAGUAGCUGAAGCCGAGAAAAGGGAGGCCGAGGCUCAUAAGGUCCAAGCGCAAAAAGAACUUCAACAAGCUCUAGCCACCAAGGAGGCCGAAGUUAAAGAGGCCGAUGAAAAGGCCUAUGCUCAAGGCAUGGCCGACGUUGCAGAAGACUACAAGCUUCAAGUCAGGCAGGGUGCUGCCGAAGCCAAGUCCCUUCCUCCUGCUGAGCAAGUUAUGGACUUAACUUUGGAUGAGGAGGGGGAUAAGGUUGAGAGGGCACCCGAGGAGACUGCCGCUGGGCAAUUACCGUCCAAUCUUCUCUUGAUAGAAAGAAGUGUUGAGUCAACAAUAGCAGAGAUUGAUGCCGAGAUCCAAGCAGAAAAAGUGGCCGAAGAGAUUCCACCAGAAUCGUCCGAGGUCCCAGUUACUGCUGUUGCUGAUGUUCAAGAGUCUUGA